UUGGCCUAGACCUAGUCCUGGUUCACGUACAGUAGUGUUGUCUUCUGCGAGGAAGAAGCCAGCGCUAGCACGUCACUGAGCGCCCGUUAAAGUACAGCCAAACGGGGUUUAUUUUAUUAUUCUUCUCAUUCUUUCUCUCGCUUUUAUUUUUCUUUUACUCUUUUCUCCGUCCUCGUUAAACUGUACAGUAAUUACGCAACCUGCAGCAGAGGGGCCUGCCUUUACAGAAUUCCACGCCCGCCCUUGUCUGUCCUCGAACACCAACGCCUCCGCUCCCUGUUUCAGCCCGCCUUGAGUGAAGUGCGGAACCUCGACCCCUUCCUUACUCCCUGCGUCUGCGAGUCUUAGCAUCUCCCCUGUUUAUUCUCUGUCAGAUCUAGGAGGCCUUUUCUUUUUGUUUUUCCUUGGUUGCGUCCGUCUUGCUCCUUACUUGAUCGUCCCGAGACCCGAGGCGUAAGUAAAAGCCCUUUUUUUUGCUGUCGAAGUUUACAAAGUCCCCACAAAACCCGGCCGCGCCUUGCACCGCCGACUUGCAAUUAGCACUGGUCUAGUUGCCUUAGUUGCCAUCCAUACAUCCCAACGGCGACCGAACUCCCCCAGACUAUCCGCCUUACAGUCCCUACCAAUUAAUUACCUUGGUGCUGCACUUACAGUACUUACAAACAUCUCGCACCCGAGGCCUGCCGAACUAACGAAGGAGCGAACCCAAUUUCAGUCCACACCAUCACAGCCUCUCGAACGACCAAGCAACCGUCCGAACAUCCUUUCUUUUACUUUCAUUUUCUCAACCGAUCCCCCCCGAACGGCACAAUCGCCCGUUUGCCGCCUGUUUAUCGCCACGACUGCAUCCGCAUCGCCGCACCGCUCGCUUCUUCCAAAGUCUCUCGCUUAACCUCAACACUCAAAGUCGCCGGCUCCUUCAGGGAGUCGUCAAUAACAGCCCGUCCUGGCUACCAGACAAGACUCCCGCCGGUCGCUCCUGGCAGAAGACGACCCGGCAUACGCAAGGUCUCCAUAUUCACAAGGCUUCCCGCCUCAGCAGCUCCCUCAGCCUGUCUACAACAACCGACAGUCAUCAUUCGCCGACGAGUCGACGUACCACUAUCGCGGCGAUUCUACUAGCGCCAUCAAGAAACCGUUUGUCCCCAUGCAAUCUCGCAGCAUGUUCGGCUUCAUUUCUACAAAAUGGCCUCGGCUAUUUUUCGCAAUUACCGCUUUCCAGGCCAUCAUAUGUCUGAUAUUCGAAUCAUAUGUAUUUGCAAGGUUUCAGAAUAGUGUCAAAGGUGACCAGGUCAGCGACGAAGCGAUCGAGGGCGCACCCCUCCGUUCGAUCCCGACCUUCCUCACGCUCUUCAUCUUUGGCUUCCUGUACAUGCUCGUACUGGUUUGGGACGCCCUGAGGAUGAAGAACACUAUUCAAGUCAUUGGUGUUUGCAUUGCCAAUCUGGCCAUGAUGGUGUACACUGCCAUCCAGAUCGAUCAAAUCCACGAUGCGAUUGUCCUUCUCGAAAACGCUGGGAUCUUGUUGACAACCACGAAAGAAUUAUGGGAUGACUGUCGCCCAUUGCUCUUUACAAUCCCAGUCAUCGUAUCGGUUUGCACUCUAGGAAUGGCUUUCAUCUCUUGGAAACUCUACCAAGAGUUCGCAUGGGACAUUCUGAAGCAAAUUGGCGCAGAUUACAGGAUGAAGCGACGCUUUUUGCACUACCAGAUUUACAUCGCACUGCUCAAGUUCGAUUUUUUCUUCUUCCUUGGCUUUACCGUGCAGUUCCUAGUCGUUGUGCGCGACAAGACGACCGACACCGAGUUCCGCUUGACGCUCGUGGCUAUUCCUGUCACAAUUGCGAUCCUGCUCUUCGCUGCCUUCUUCGUCCGUCGCGAAAACAAGAUUGGCAUGAGCGCGAUCAUCGUUCUCUACUUCGGAGCCCUGUCGUAUUUCUUCUUCAAGCUGGUUCGCAUUUACCAGCCCGGCCACAAGGAGAAGUACCAGGCUGCGGCGAGGUCGCUCACGGCGUUCGCGGUUCUCACCAUCAUCCUCAUCAUUCUGACCAUCACCAACGCAUUCAUCUGCAUGAACAACUUUGGCGCCGGCCUUAGGAACCACUUGAGGUCACCUUCCAGGGAUGAGGAGAAACCGGAUGCGACUUCGUCGAUCAGCAUGCACGACGUCAAGCCACAACUUCCUAGCCGCAUGACAAUCGACUAGUCCGCGAGCUUAAAAUCUGUUUAUAAUCUUUUCUAUCAUGCUACGGAAGCAGGAAACUUCUGGAUCACAUUGGAUGAUCUUUACUUUCAUUACAAGCUGGCGUCGAAUAUCAUGAUUUGCUAUCGUCCACCCGGGACCUACGAGUGCCAUUUCUGAAUGGAGAUCUGUCAUUGACUUGAGUUCACUGGAACUGGCAGUCAUUUCCGGAGUUUGCGCGGCACUCUGAAGAAUAUUUCGCAGCGUGUGCUAUACAUAGAAUGUACAAAGGGACAUUUUGACGACCUAACGACCGUUCUCUUGUUUACCAACCAACUCAGGAAAAAAAAUAAAAAAAUUGAAAGGCUUCCCUGGUUACCUGGAGGUGUGUUGCAGGGGAUCGAUGCCGUGGACGACAGUUUGUGUCGUUGAGGUGAAACAGGGGAGACAACAGGAUGACAGGUAUUCAAGACCUCGUGGGGAAAGGUCGCAAACUAUACUUGGCCGAUGUUGGCCGUGCAUUACAUCAUGUACCUGUUGGCUUUUAUUUCAGGUUUUCUUUUUUGCUUUUCUUUUUCUCUCUUCUUUCUUAUUCGUCUAGGAUUCCCCCGAGAACUUCUACGGAAGUCGGUCGCGUUUUAGUUUGCCGUGUCUGGAUGAUAAAAAUCUUUGAUCACCAUUCCUCGAUAUUCAGGAGCGCUGUUCUUUAUGAUAUACGGGUUGCCUUUGGUUGGUAUAUGCCGCUUGCUCUUAUUUAUUUGCAGAAUAGUCAGACGAACCAUAAAAGCCUCUUUUCACACCGUAAAUAAUGCCAAGGUCAACCCCAAGUGCGGGUCAAGAUGUGUCCUCG